CCUGCCUCCAUGGCCCGGUUGCUCCCCGUCCUCCUCGCGCUGCUCUUUUGCGGCUACGUGCGGUCCAUCUCUUUUUCAUUGCCGCCAAACAGCCGCAAGUGUUUGCGAGAAGAAAUUCACAAGAACGUGCUUGUGACUGGAGAGUACGAGCUGUCUGAGGCCCACAAUCAGGGCCAAGUGCGGCUAAAGAUUACAGACUCUGCUGGGCACAUUCUCUACUCCAAGGAAGAUGCUUCCAAGGGCAAGUUUGCUUUCACCACUGAGGAGUAUGACAUGUUUGAGGUCUGCUUCGAUAGUAAGCUACCAGCAGGUGCUGGCCGAGUACCAGAUCAGUUGGUGAAUCUCAUUAUGAAGCAUGGAGUAGAGGCAAAAAAUUAUGAAGAGAUUGCAAAGGUGGAGAAACUUAAACCACUCGAGGUUGAACUUCGGCGUCUUGAGGAUUUGUCUGAGUCUAUCGUCAAUGAUUUUGCCUACAUGAAAAAGAGAGAGGAAGAAAUGAGGGACACAAAUGAAUCCACCAAUGUACGUGUUCUUUACUUCAGCAUUUUCUCUAUGUGUUGCCUAAUGGGACUGGCCACCUGGCAAGUUUUCUAUCUCCGCCGUUUCUUUAAGGCCAAAAAACUAAUUGAAUGAAGAAACCAUUUUUACAGAUACACAGCUGGCCCCUUCAUCCUUCAUCAGUUGUUUGCAAUUCGGAAAUCUUUGCAGAGCUGCUUCCUACUUCUCAGUCUGGGUUAUCCGUGUAUAUGUCUGUUUUAUUAUGGAAACCACCCAGCCUCAAUAAGCUACCACAAAUCUCCAACAUUAAGGCUUGUCAAGGUGCUCUGUGUUUUCACCAACAACAUGGUGAAAUUGAUGACAAGCACAUCUAAUUUCUGUUAGCAGAUGUUUUUCUCUUCUGUUUCUAAUACUCUGCAAACUUUACUGCAUAUUUUGGAUUUUUUUGUUUUUUUCAACAAAUGUGUGGGAUAUUUUUCUCUAUUGUCAAAAUAGAAGCUUUUCAGAAACCCAGUACUUGAUAAAACAUGUAAUAUGGUGAAAACAUGAACAAAAUAAAUUGGUAGCUUGGUGGAAA